GAAAGAACAAAAUCAAACAACGCUGCAAAAUAAUCGUCCGUCUCGUCUUUGCGUCCCAUCUGCCGCUACAACAGUACUAUUCACAGUUACUCUCCUCCCCAAUAAUCAGUACACCAGCGUCUCAACGAACAAAAUGGCCAUUGGUGUCGCGAUUAUAGGCUCUGGCAUCUUUGCCACUGAGCAGCACCUCCCCGCCGUAGAAUCCACGCCCCUCCUCAAACUCAAAGCCAUCUUCUCGCGCUCCCUCGUCGCGGCCACCGCCCUCGCCACCGCCGCCAAGGGCGACGUGGACACCUACGCCGACGACAACAAUGGCAAAGACUACGCCGCGCUCCUCGCCCGCUCGGACAUCACCGCGGUUAUCAUCGCACUGCCCAUCAAUGUGCAGCCUAUGUACAUCGAGGCCGCGCUCGCGGCUGGGAAACACGUGCUCUCCGAGAAGCCGAUUGCGAAUGACAUUGAAGCGGCCGAGAAGCUGAUCCACUUCUAUACCGCGCUGAAGGAGAAGGGAAGCAAGGCGUCGUGGGGGGUUGCGGAGAACUUUAGGUUCCUGGCGCCGUUUAAGUUUGCUAGGCGGGAGAUUGAGAAGUUGGGAGGAGUGGUGGGGUUCAGGAUUAAGGUGUUCCAACAUGUGAAGGCUGGGACGAAGUAUUUUGAAACUGAAUGGCGCAAGAUCCCUUCCUAUCAAGGCGGCUUCCUUCUUGAUGGCGGCGUGCACUUCACAGCCGGCACACGCCUCCUCCUCGGCCCCCUCAACCGCCCCGUCUCCCUCUCAGCAUACACUGCGCUCAUCCAGCCGCACUUGCCGCCCAUUGACACUGUUAACUCGAUCUGGCAGACUACCAAAGGCGUAUCGGGGACUGUGCAAAUCAGCUUCGGCACAUCGCUGAGUGGAGAUGAAUACACCAUCGCUUGCUACGAUGGCAGCGUGAGCGUGAGCAGGGACACGGUUAGUGUUCACAACGGGGAGGAGAAGGACGGCAACGUGACGACGCGGGUACUUCUUUCUAGCGGAAGCGGGGUGAAGGCCGAGGUGCAUGCGUGGGCUGAGGGGAUAGAGACCGGGAAGGAGAAUUCCCUGCAGAGUCCUGCGGAGGCGUUGGCGGAUUUGGAGUUGUUGGAGGCUAUGAUAAAGAGUGGAGAGGGCGAGGGGGUAAAGAUUGUGUUGACGAGACAGGAUGUCUAAAGCCUGUGUGCCUAAGUGCUAUAACCAAGCGAGGGUAGUUUUGACGAGGGAGGGGUAAAGGCCAUGUGCCUAUAUGCUAAUAUGCUCAAUGGAAGUUGCUGAGAGAAUCAAGGAGAUGGGAUAUGAGUAUAUCGCUUACAUCGCUACACUGAGGGACUGGGUCGGAAUCAUGGCGACGCGGUGCAUUACGCACAGAUAC